GAACUUGCUGUUUAACAUUGCCACCAAGAGACCUAUCUUUCUGCUGAUGUAAGCUCAUUAGAUGUUUGAAGCCAUGGCCAAUCCUGUAGGAGAAGAACCUGUCUCCAAACCUGGAGACCUUUGCCAUGAAUGUGGACAAUUUCACUUGUUGCCAGACAACCAUCUUUAUAAUUUUCAAGAUGAAGUAGAUGAUGACCUGACUUGCCACAUUUGCCUUCAGCCUUUGCUCCAGCCUAUGGAUACACCUUGUGGACACACAUACUGUUUUAAAUGCCUUGAAAACUUCAUGCAGGAGUACAACUUCUGUCCUAUGGAUCGGAAGAAGCUGUCCUUCCAGCAUUGCCGAAAGUCUAGUCUGUUGGUGCGGAAUCUGCUGGAUAAGCUCAUUGUCCUCUGUCCUUUUCAAGAAGACUGCAAACAGACUAUGCAACGCUGUGAGCUUGAAGCUCACUUACAGAACAGAUGCCCUGGCUUCAAGAAGUACAAAGCACAUCUGGAAAGGAAGAGGAAUCCUCAGUCCAGGAUGAAGGGAGAUUCUCUUUCCAGGCUGGAAGCAAAGACUGUGAAAGAUCCUGAGGUAUCAAAUGGAGUGUCAUCCUUGGUGACUGGAAGCUCAGUAGCUGCUGUCCUGUCCCCAGAGACACCAGAUCCUGGGCUGGUUAACCCAGCCUUUGAUGGGACUGAAGAAGAUUUACCUCAAAGAGCUAGUCUUUUGGCAGAGACAAAUACAAUUGAAAUCCACCGAGAAGAUCCUGAGGAAGAGUUUGGUAUGCGUAUAGUUGGUGGCAAAGAUACGCCUCUUGGUAACAUCGUUGUGCAGGAGGUAUUUCCGGAUUCAGUUGUGGCUGCAGAUGGAAAAAUAACACCUGGAGACCAUAUCCUAGAGGUGAAUGGUGUGAACAUCAGCAGUGUGACCCACUGCCAAGCUAUCGCACUCCUGCGCCAACCCUGUGAUGUGCUCCACCUCCUGGUGCUCCAAGAGAAAGGAUUUACCAGCAGAACAGGGCAAUUUGAUUCCAGCCCUGUGGUAAACCAGGAAGUGAUCCAUGUUAUCCUCGUAAAAAGAGACCGAUCUGAACCCCUUGGCAUUAAACUGAUCAGAAAAACAGAUGAACCUGGGAUCUUUAUUCUGGACUUGUUAGAUGGAGGGUUGGCAGCCAAAAAUGGGAAGUUGCGUCAGAAUGAUAAAGUCCUUUCUAUAAAUGGUCAGGAUCUUCGUCAAGGAACGCCUGAAGCAGCUGCACAGAUAAUCCAGAGCAGUGAAGCCCGGGUCAGCUUUGUGGUCCUCCGCCAGUCUGGCAUGCAACUCUCGGAGGCUGGCGAGGAUGGCAGUGCCUCCAACGCCAGCAGCAGCAGCAAUGGGGAAAGCCCCGUGCACAAUCACAGGAGACCCGAACACAAUCACUACCGGCGAAAAUCCAACUAUCAGAAGGUACUCCCUCAAGGAUACUUCAGCCAGGAGAAGGUAGUUACCAUAAAAAAGGACCCCAAGGAGUCUCUGGGAAUAACCAUAGGAGGUGGAAGAGAUAUUAAAGCAAAACUCCCUAUUUAUGUAACCAGUGUCCAGCCUGUUGGAUGCCUCUUCAGGGAUGGGAGAAUUAAGAAAGGAGAUAUUCUUUUGAGCAUCAACAAUAUCGAUUUGACUCACCUGAAUUACAACGAAGCUGUCUCUGCUCUGAAAUCCAACGCGGCGCUGCAGACGGUGGUACUGAAAGUGCUUGAGGUGGUAAUCCCAGAGAAGGCAUCUGAAGGCGCUGAGAUGCUUGACAGCAGGGAAAACGGGCUCAGCUGGGCAAGCUGGUCUCCUCUCUGGAUCACGUGGCUUGGAUUGCCGAGUCACCUCCACUGCUGUCAAGAUAUCGUCUUGCAUAAAAGCAACUCUGAGACCUGGGGAUUCAGCAUCGUGGGUGGAUUUGAAGAAAGCAAAGGGAACCAGCCAUUCUUCAUUAAAACCAUUGUGCCUGGAACGCCUGCCUUCUGGGAUAGACGGCUGAAGUGUGGGGACGAAAUUGUGGCCGUAAACGGCGUGUCUGCCAUGGGAAUGAGCAACAGCGAACUGAUUCCAAUGCUGAAGGAACAACGGAAUAAAGUGACUCUCACUGUGGUCUCUUGGCCCGGCAGCCUCGUGUAAGGUGCCAACUGUAAUAGGAUGCUUAAUUGGGAAUGCCUUCAGUGGUGCCUUUCAUUGUUUGGAGUGGACCAACCAAGAAAGGCUGAGCUGGUCUCAGAUAGGCUUCCUCCAAGGGGCCGGUUUCCUGUGGAAAAGGCAAAUGUAGCUUGUUGUUAGAGUCUGAUUUUUAGAUCCGUCCACCUGGUAAGUUAAAAGCUGUACUCGGAUAAGCAGUUGGAAGUGUCUCAUUUUAUGGUUAUUUUUGUUCUGUCAUGACAUGUGUUGAACAGGGAAACUCUGAGCCACAGCCUGCUUCUCCAGAAUUCCUCUUCUAAGCCUGCUGAGCUAAAUGACAGCAAGCUGAAACUGUAAAGUGAUUUAUGGCCUUCAAUACAGCUACUGGCUAUUGGCUAUUAGUUAACUGAAGUAGCAACGUUCAAGAUAUUGACUAAUAAUUACAGUGAGUGAAUCAUUUAGAUCUGUCUCACUGUAGUUACUGGUGCCUUGUGAAGUAGGAGGCAUGGGAAUGUUAAUCCCAUUGUUUAGGUAUAUUUGUGCCUCUUGCUCAGUUUGACUUUUCAGCCUUGAUUCAAUCUCAGAGUUAUUUCCAGUGUAGAGCUCAUAGCUGGACACUUAGCAGCCUUGUUUGACUUCAGGACUUGCUUUCGAGAAGGAGAUCUGGAAGUCCAGAAGAAGGAGGUUCCUCCUCAGCUAAGCACCUUUCCAGGGUUUCUCUCCUGUCACUUAUUUCCCACGUGAGAGAGGAUAGGAAUGACCUGUGGAAGAGCUAUUCUGGAAGAACACUACUAAAAGGGAGGCGCUGGUCACUUGAUAUAAAUUAAAUAAGUGGCUACUUGUCUCUGCAGACAAUGAAGGCUUUUAGAACAGGGCCAGUUGCCCAAUUCCCCCCACAGUGGCUUGGCAAAGAAUUCUCUUCCUGCUCAUUCCCAUCCCAACAAACCCAUUAUGAUCUGGUUAAUCCUGGCUAAGCUGGCAAAUUAAUCCUGGCAAGUUAAUCCUGGCUGGGGUAACUUCUGAUCCUAGCAUCUCAUUAAAACAGCCAAAGAAGAUGGUUUGGAGGAAAUAAAACCAUCUGUCCGUGCUGUCCUUUAAAAGGCAUUCUCCCCCUGCACAGAGGAGUUGGCAGACCUCCAGCUGCCACUGUCUUUUCUAGUUGCGGCCUUACUGGAAAGAGAGAAGGGAGGGGAACAGGUGUUCGGCAUACCAACCUUACCCAGCUCAGAAGAAAACAAUCAGAAGCCACCUCCCUCUGUUGCCUUCCUUUUAUCUGACCCCUGUAAUGGUUUGGUUUUUUUUCAGAUCGGUCAUAUCCUUUAACGAAUUGAGCAUCCUUGCGAUUGCUUGCCAAGUGUGUUUGUCCUUUUUUCCCCCCAAGGCAGGGACUUUGUCCUGUGAACAGUUGUAUGGCAGAUGAGAAUAAGUAAAUAAGCAGCCCAGCUUAUUUAAAUAAGAAAGGUAGCAAAAACUCUGCCUAAGGAAGCAUUUGCUAGAUCUGUUUUCUUGCAUAUGUGUAUGCACACACAUGCUGAUAUUUGAAGAUAGAAAUUUUCUUUUUGUAAAAGUAAUCUCUUCUUCCUUAAACAGCCAUAACAGCUAUUUUCUAAGCAUAGGGGACAGUACGUUUAUGUCACUCGUUCAAAAACCUGCUUCUGUUGUUCCACGACCUACGAAGUGAUUCUAGUAGCCUGUUUGCAAAUGUUGUGUGGUUGUGAAAUAAGUUACAGAACUUAUGAGUUUGUCUUAAUUAGGAAAAUAAUAUGGCCUGCUACCUCCAAUUAAAAGGGAUUUUUAAGACCUUGAUUUGCACAGAAAUUUUAGGCUGCUGAAACACUGCAACCCUCUACAAUAUGCUUCUCUCACUUGCUCUAAAAUAGCAUGCAGGUGGGAAAUUAAGUGCACACAUCUCAGGAAACAACUUGCAGGCGGAUACUGCUUUCCCCAGGAACAUGGGACUUCCACUUUCUGGAAGUUCUGGUGUGCCUUUCAGUUGGAGCCUUAUUUCAACUGAACAUACAGCAAGUCGGACUGACAAAAAUACAGGGCUUAACAUUCACAUAGGCUAUGUGAAAUAGCAAAUAAACAAAAGGACUUGUAAAACUGACUUUUGUUUAAAUCUGAUUCAUGCUUGGACUUUGUCGUCUCAUUUUAAUCUGGCAAGUAGGUACUAGUGCUGCAUUUAAGGAUGUUGAAUCAGUGGUGCAAAUGUCAAUUUCAUGAGAUUAUCCGUAUGUGUGCUACACUUAAAUAGUACUUGUCAAAGUAUAUGUCUGAAAGUUAACGUCUGCAUUCAGAUGUGCUUUUAAAGGAUAUUGGUAUUACACUACACUUGAUCUUAGCCAAAAUUAGUAAAUAUUGCUAUUUACAUCUGCCUAAUUUACUGAUAAUAAUGACUUCUGUCUUCAAGUUUGAGUCCUGUGUGACCUCCAUAAUGUGUGUCUCUUGGAAUAGUUACAAAAAGGGCAUCAAACCUUUUUUCAAAUGAAGGGGAUGUGCAUUUUCAUUUCAUUGUAUUCUCAUAUUUCAAUGUGCCUUCAGCAAUCAGCAGGAAAUCUAGUAGCUACUGUAUUACUUUGCACCAAAGAAUUUGUUGAAACUUGUAGAGACAUUUGUCACUGCUCUGAUACAUUUAUAAAUUAUUCUGAAGUUA